AAAUAGCUUUUCUCCCAGCCCACGCGAGCCAGCAUCAACACCACGACCACAUUCCUUCCGCCAACGCAGGACGUCAUGCUGCGAGCCUCCCUUAGAGCAUCAACAGCGCUCAGCAAUGGCUCCAUCACAGCCAGAGCUGAGCGUCAAUUGCUCGGCGCGCAGACUGUAUAUAGCCGCUCCUCUACCAGGAGCUUUGCAGAUAGCAAGAAACCGAGCAUAAACGACCCCGAGCCAGUGGUCCUCCCAGGGUCCGGAAGCACGACACACGCCGUAGUUCCUCCAGCACCAGGAAAGGUCACAAGCUCGAUAAAUUCGCCUACUCCCCGGACGCCGAGCGCGGAUGGAAAGGUCACCCAGACCGUGCCUCUGACGCCGCCAUCGCCUAGCAAGGUCCAGUCAUCUCCACCGACGUCGCUGGGUUCAGUGCCGCCGAUUAAGCCUACGCCAGCUCCAGCCGCAUCGACACCUCCACCACCUCCUCCAAAGAAGUCGCGAAAGUUAAUCCGCAAGCUGUUCCUCACACUCCUGGCACUGUCUGUUGGAGGAUUUGCCGGUGGCGUCUACUACUCUCGCGUCAACGACAACUUCCAUGACUUCUUCACGGAGUACAUUCCCUUUGGCGAGGAGGCCGUCCUCUUCUUCGAGGAACGCGAGUUCCGCAAGCGCUUCCCCGUUCUCAACAACAAGCCAAGAAACAGAGAGUUGGGAAACCGCAUCACGAUCCCGAGUUCGAACGGAGUUACGUGGAAGCUAGCCGAAGAGGAGCCACGGCAGCCUGAAGUGUCGAAGGCCACGCCGACAACAACGACUGGCGCAAGUGACACUACGCACAAGGAGAAGGUGGAGAGCGUGAAGGGUGUUAAGAGGCCAGAGUACGCUGAUGCAACUGCGCCAGCUGCUGCUGCACCCCUCGCAGCUGCUGAGGCUAAAUCUGCGUCGGAGCCAGCAGUGAAGCCAACAGUCGUCGAUGCGCCUGCGCCAGCGCUGACCAAGAAGGUCCCAGAGGUCAAUGAGCCUUCGGUUUACACGCCGUACGUUGAGAGGAUCGACCCCAUUAACAUCAAGAACGCCAACGACCCCGUCGUCCAAGAUCUUGUCAAGAUCCUGAACGACAUCAUUCUUGUUGUCAACGCCGACAAGGCCGGUAGCAAGUUCUCCCCCGUCAUCAAGAACGCCAGGACCGAGCUUUCCAAGGUAGGAGACAAGGUCCAGGCCCUCAAGGCCAUCGCCAUGAAGGAGGCCGACGAGAAGGUCAAGGCCUCCCACGAGGACUUUGACCGUGCCGCCAAGGAGCUCAUUCGCCGCCUCGAGAGCGAGAUGCACGAGCAAGAAGGCCGCUGGAAGGAGGAGUACGAAGAAGAGCGCACCAAGCUCCAGCAGCACUACGAGCAGCGCCUCCAUUCCGAGAUCGCCCACGCCAAGGACGUCAACGAGCAGCGCCUGCGCAACGAGCUCCUCGAGCAAGCCGUCGAGAUGAAGCGCAAGUUCGUCGCCGAGGUCAACACCCGCGUCGAGGAGGAGCGCAACAGCCGCCUCGGCAAGCUCACCGACCUCUCCAAGACCGUCGACGACCUCGAGAAGCUCACCACCGGCUGGACCGACGUCGUCGACUCCAACCUCAAGACGCAGCACCUCCACGUCGCCGUCGAGGCCGUGCGCGCCAACCUGGAGAACUCCCGCUCCCCCAAGCCCUUCGUGCGCGAGCUCGCCGCGCUCAAGGAAAUCGCCGCCGCCGACCCCGUCGUCGACGCCGCCAUCGCGUCCAUCAACCCGCUCGCGUACCAGCGCGGCAUCCCCACCUCCGCGCAGCUGAUCGACCGCUUUCGUCGCGUCGCGGGCGAGGUGCGCAAGGCGUCCCUGCUGCCGGAUGAGGCGGGCGUCGCGAGCCAUGCGUCGAGUUACGUGCUGAGCAAGCUGCUGUUUAAGAAGCGCGGGUUGGCGGUUGGGGAUGAUGUGGAGAGUAUCCUUACGAGGACGGAGACGUUCCUGGAGGAGGGGAACCUGGAUGAGGCUGCUAGGGAGAUGAAUGGGUUGACUGGGUGGGCGAAGACGCUGAGCCGCGAUUGGUUGGGCGAGGCCCGCAAGGUGUUGGAGGUGCAGCAGGCGCUUGAUGUCAUUGCGACGGAGGCUAGACUUCAGAGCUUGAGGAUGGAAUAGAUAGGAGGUGAUUUCAUUUGUUUGUGUCAUCGGUAGUAGCGAGGGAGCUUGCUUACAAGGCAUGUACGGUACAAUGAUAAAUAAAAGGUGUACAAAUAUAGAAAAAUGAAGUGCCUUA